AUGCCCAAUACAGUCACGGUGAUAUACUCCGCCGCGCUCUUGACCUGGUCUUUACGACAUCUGUAUCGACGCUAUGCAAUCAAGUCGAUCCUUCGGGUACUUCCUCGACCACCGGAUGCCGGGUUUCUCACUGGUCAUUUGCUUAUGAUGUUUGAUCCUUGGUCCGGUGUCAAGCUUCAAGAAGAGUUUGCGACUCUUGGCAGCGUCUUUCAAGUAAAUGGUUUGAUCGGGGAUGAGCAAAUUUAUGUGACGGACCCUCGAGCCCUUCAUCACAUACUCGUGAAGGACGAGACAAAGUUCGAAGAGACUCGAGCCUUCAUCGAGCUGAACAAACUUAUAUUCGGUGACGGGAUACUCUCCGCAGAAGGUGCUAUACACAGAGCGCAACGCAGAAUAUUGAAUCCCCACUUUUCUACCAACAAUCUCCGGACUCUCAUGCCGACAUUCACAGAGGUAGUGAAUGCCCUCAACGCAGCUAUCGCCACCGAUAUUCGCGGUGGGCUUCACGAAAUCGACAUGCUGAACUGGCUGUCUCGUGCAUCUCUCGACAUAAUGGGACGAGCCGGAGUUGGUUACGAUUUCGGCGCGUUGAACCCGGAUAGGGCAGACAACGAGUAUACCGCUGCCAUCAAGAACCUCCUGCCCGCCGUAUUCCCAUUUGCGCCUUUCAUGGAUCUCAUGCCCGAUAUCAGGCAUUCGCUGCCUCCUCGCUUCCGGCGGUUCUUGGUUGAUGUCAUGGCCUUACAAUUCAACGGAAUACGCAGAGUCAGGGAUAUCGUCGAUACCAUGUAUCGCUCGGGGAAGGAGAUAUAUGCUCGGAGGAAAAGCAGGUUGGAAAGCUCGGCAACUGGCACUGAUAUCUUCAGCAUGCUGGUGAAGUCGAAUACCAACUUGCCUGACGAUGAGCGUAUGCCCGAGGAGUCGCUCAUAGCUCAGAUCAGCAUGUUGGUCUUUGCUGGAACAGAUACCACAAGCGCAGCGAUGGCCCGCGCCCUUAGUAUCCUUGCUGACCAUCAGGACGUCCAACAGCGCCUUCGAGAGGAAGUCAUUGACGCCUUCACCGAGUACGCCACAUUGACGCACGACGAACUCAUGGCCCUUCCCUACCUCGAUGCCGUCAUAAAGGAGGUCUUACGUCUGCACCCUCCUGCGUACAUGUUCCUCCGAACCGCUCGCGAAGACACGACGCUCCCCUUGGCGUUCCCCGUGGUCGGGACCGACGGCCGGACCAUUCACGAAGUCCCCAUCCGAAAGCGGCAGCAGAUCAUAAUGGGUCUGGGUGGAACAAACUCGGACGAACGAAUAUGGGGACCUGACGCGAAGAACUUCAAGCCCGAAAGGUGGCUGAAACCGUUGCCAGGGAGCGUCGCGCAAGCGCGCGUGCCUGGCGUCUGGGCGAAUCAGAUGACUUUCAUCAGUGGACCUCGGGCUUGUCUUGGAUUCAAGCUAGCCGAAAUCGAGAUGAAGCUCACGCUAGCUACAUUGCUCCGUGACUUUGUGUUUUCCCCCGGAAACGAAGAGAUAUUCUGGAAGCUAGGCUUCGUCGUUCAGCCGCAUGCGGCAGGACAAGAGCAUGGACCACCCCACAUGCCACUGAAGGUCACCGCGGUAAAGCGCGAAUAA